UGCUCCACUUUUUGACGAGAUGCCUUUUGUGAUCAUAUGGAACGCCCCUAUCUCAAGAUGUCAGCAACUGAAGAUCCCGUUGGACUUUUCUGCAUUCCAGGCCAUCACCACGCCAGCCAAAGUCCCCAGCCAAACCCUGUCACUUUUCUAUAAAAAACGGAUCGGGCUCUUUCCUUACACAGACCUUCAGACUUUCACACAGUACAACGGUGGCAUUCCGCAAAGAGGGAAACCUAACUGCCAGUCUGGAAAAGGCCAAAGAAGAGUUUAUGCACUACAUUCCACGCUCCUCACCUGGCCUGGCUGUCCUUGAUUGGGAGGAGUGGCUUCCAUUGUUUGACCAAAAUUCAGACGUGAAAGAGAUCUACAAGAGGCUUUCCAUCAACUACACAUUUGAGCAGGAUCCUUCUCUGAACAUGCAGCAUGCUAAAAACAAAGCCAAACAGCAAUUUGAGAGCACGGCCAGAGAGUACAUGGAGAAGACACUGAAGUUAGGAAUCAGUCAGAGGCCACAGUAUCUGUGGGGCUUCUACUUGUUCCCUGACUGCUAUAACUAUGAUUUUGAGAAUCCAAGCUAUACAGGGAAAUGCCCUCAGAACACAACACAGUUCAAUAUGGAACUUCUCUGGCUGUGGGAGACCAGCACGACACUCUUCCCUUCAGCAUACAUGCCAAAAUCCAUAAGCGGAAGCCGGAAGGCAGCGCUAUUUGUCCGCCACCAGGUGCAAGAGGCGGUCAGAGUGGCAGCUCUGCCUCAUCGUCCCUACACUGCUCCCAUUUAUGUGUACCUACGACCUCUUCUGCGUGAUCAGAAGGAAUAUUACAUGAAUGAGGUUGAUCUGGUCAGGAGUAUUGGUGAGAGUGCAGCUCUAGGAGCUGCUGGAUGUGUGCUGUGGGGCUCUAGUUAUGACUACAAUGACAAGGUAUCAUGUGAAGCUCUAUCGACAUACUUGUCCAAAACCCUAAACCGGUACAUUGUCAAUGUCACAGCGGCGGCCCAUCUCUGCAGCAACACGCUCUGUCAAGGCAAUGGCCGCUGUGUCCGUAAAAACUACGACUCGGAUGACUACCUGCAUCUUAACCGUAAGAGCUUUGAAAUUGAGAAGAGUGCUGGGACAUACAGAGUCACUGGAAAACCCUCCAUCAGUGACCUGAGUGACUGGGCCAGCAAGUUUACCUGCCAAUGCUAUGAAAGCAGAAAGUGCUCUGCUAAAAUACCAUCAGGACUCCCCAGUAGUUCUGAGAGUAAAGUUAUGACAGUGCUGCUUGCAGCAUACUUACUGCUUGAAUCACUGUAGUUUUCAGUGGAGUAGUAUUUUUUUCUGGUUAAUAAAAUGGAAAUUAAAUGUUCUUGAGAAUUCUGCACAGGGUUAUAACACCUCUGCUCAUCUGAUCUGGAUCUUGAGUUUCAGCUGGAGAACCUGUGAUAUUUCACAAAACAGUGCAAAAUCUUGUGCUCCUCUUUUGUCUUUUAGUCUAUUUUUAAUCACUUCUAGUCGAUUCAAUGAACACAUUUAACGUUGGUCAGCACCUAUUUUGCAUUAGCUCCCUGAUGUAUAGACUAGCAUAAGCUUAAAACUCCUGCCUGUGAAAUAAUAGAUGAGUGACCUAUUUGUUGUGCCACCUUGUUUACCCUUACAGCUGGGAGCCAGUAAUUUCAAAGUAGUUAUCAAUAGUCUACUUCAGUGUUAUUCAUCUAAAACAUGCGAAGACCCAGUUACAUUAAAUUUCUUACUUACACCAAUCAGGCAUAUGACCUUGGUGGUGUGUUAGUGUGUGUUGUGGUGGUACAAGUGGAUCAGACACAGCAGUGCU